AUGCGGGGAGCGGCCGUGAUGGUCAUGGUGUUGACAGUCGGCGUGGGAUGGGCACUGGAAGAGGGAGGGAUGAGAGAGGGAGAGGAGACAAGGAGAGGGGAAGAGGAGGCACGAGGAAAUCAAGGAGGAGUGUCCAUGAUGUUUCCGGUCUCUUGGAUGGUAGGAGGAGGUGGACAGGAGCUGCGAGUGCUGGCGGACAGCGAGCCUCCUCUCUUGUUUGAAGUUCGCUGUGGGAAGAGGAGGGAAAACUGUUGCUUGGGCCAUGACGGAAGACGAUGGGAGAUCUGGGUUGACGGCGGGCUGGCGGGUCAGGGUCAGGGUCGUCAGAGGAACAAGCUGAACGUGAGCGUGACGAGCAUGGGAAAGCACGCCAUCGAGUGUCUGCUGCUGGAGGAGGAGAAGCUGCUGCACACAUCCUCUACUGCUGUCUCCUUCGCCCCUGCAGGAGCCACGCCUCGUCUUGCCCUUCCCUCCGCCUUGGGCGACUUGCUCAGGUGGGGAUCGGAAGACUUGUGGGCGGAGGAGGAGGCGCUGGAGAGGGUCCGAGCUCAAUUCUUCGCCCUGUGGGACGCAGCAUCACGUGAAGUCUGUCCGGAUGUUGCCAACCGAAGCACAUGCAGGGAGCAUUCAUGCUCGGGGCACGGGAGGUGUAGCGAUGCUGGUGUCUGUCUCUGUGUUGGGGAUUGGUUUGGAGAUAUUUGCGACCAUCAUCCCUUCCUCAACAGCUCCUACCUCCCCCGCGAGCUUCACCUCUCCUCCCCUUCCACUUGUCCCGCCGUCGUCAAGUGGAGCAUCGGGAGCUCCGGGCUAGUCGAACUUCUCGACCAGCUGCAGGCAAGACGGUGUGAGGAGAAGCAUCCGCUCCUCCUCGACACUCUCGGCCUGGCUCUUGGCGGCCAGAUCAACUUGGCGUCACUUGCCCUCGCGCACGCGCUCAAUCAGAAUCGCUCUUUCUUGUUGCACGGGAGGUGGCGAUAUGGCAGCCAUGCCGGCUGCCUGCGACAGGGGAGAGCAUGCUACUUUCAAGCGAAGCUUGCAUGCGAGGAGGAGAGGCUGCGGAGCAACGGAGUUCGCGUGUGGCCCUUCAAGGAUGGAGGAGCGGUGCUUGAGCACUUCAACACACGUGAAGUGAGGGGGGGGGUGGUGGCGGCGGGGAGGUUGAGGGUGCAGGGACUCUUCUGGUGGACGAGCCACCUCCUCGCCUACGUCACGAGACCUUCGAGCGACCUGGAGGCGAAACUGCGAGCACUGAGACUUCAGCUCAACUUCGCUCCUCCUCUCAUGGGUCUUCACGUUCGCCAUGGCGACGCCUGCGUGCACGCUGCGCAGUCGAACACGCGGCCGCUCUGCCGCCCUCUUGCUGACUACAUCCCAGCAGUACUGAAGCUCCGUCGCACGUAUGGUCUGGAGGCAGUGUUUCUAUCCACGGACGACGAGGAGGUGGUGGAGGACGCGACUAGGUGGUUGGGGCGUCACGGCAUGCGGGUGUUGCACCAGCCCCUUGACCGCAGCGUCUUCGAAUCCUCGUGGUUUAUCGAGCACCGGAUGGAGGCAGGUGCUCUCGACGCAGGCGUCAUCACAGACAGCAUGCUUCUCGACCUUCUCCUCCUCCGCGAGUGCGAUGCCUUCGUGGGGACCCUCUCCUCGCAAAUGUCUCGGCUCGCGCUCUCCCUCAUGGCCCAUCGCAUCGGUGUCAUCCCUCCCUUCGUUUCGGUCGAGGACAUGCCAUGGGGCUGCUGCUCGUGGGCUGGCGAGAGCCUCGAGCAGAAGGACGGCGAGGCAAUGAGACGAGUGAGUUUCGGGUACAAGGAGCAACUGUAA